AUGUCUGCCCAAUCGAAACAGAACAGUCUCAACUUACUGGCUAUCAAUAUCGUUCCGGGACCUUUUAUGCUGCUGGCAGCCGUGUGCAUAGUUCUGCGUUUCGUUCAUCAUCACCGGAAGGGAAAGAUUCGGUGGUACGAUUGGGCCAUCUUGGCAGCAUUCGUUACGGGCGCUGGGGCAUAUAUUUCUGGCCUUGUGGGCCUCGCGGGCGAAGUUCUCUAUACGGUCAGCGUUGCCUUCUCCAAGAUCUCGGGCUUGCUAUUUUAUAAACGCUUGUUUAAUGUCGAUACGCAAUUCUUGCUGUUUACACGCGUCAUAACAAUCCUCGUCGUAGAAGCUUGCUUCACCUACACUUUCGGUCUCAUCUUCAUUAAUACCCCGGCAAAAUCACGGUGGAAUACGCCAAUAAACGCUAUGGCCUUCUAUGUAGCUAUGGGUACUAUCAAUAUACUCAUAGACGCAGUUAUCAUAGGCUUGGUCCAGCGUAUAGUAUGGAAGUUACAGAUGCCUUAUCGGCGUAAACUUUGGAUAUCUUUUCUAUUUCUCCUACCUAUAUUAUCUGUUGCCUUUGGUAUUUUACGCGUUGUCUAUACCGGCACCAUGAACCCGGAAAAUAUUACAUAUACCUUGACGCUUGCUUGGCUAUGGGCGACUCUGGAGCUUUUCUUAUAUAUCAUCUGCGCUUGUUUGCCCAUCGUCUAUAACAUCUACCGCUCAAUAUCCCCCAGCCGUUCCAAGAAUGACUCAUGGAAGACCAAGGAAAUACUUUACCCCCAGGUGAUGCCCGGCAAUAACCCUCUUAAAGAAAAGAGAAGCAAAUAUCACGAAUUAGACGAGGAAUCGUGUGAUUUCGACGAUAUAAAGAAAAUACACAGCACGGAACCUUUGGUUUUUCCGGAACGAGUUUUAUAUCCUAAGAACUAUAGCCGUCUCGGCAUCCAAGAAAAGGACUACGCAGCGGACCAGAGGUAUAUUGGUAUAGGUACUGUAUAA